AUGAGAAUCGCGAUUAUCGGAAAGUCGGCGUUCGGCGCGGAUGUCUACAAACGGCUGAUCGAGAAUGGCCAUAACGUCGUUCUGGUGUGCACUGAGUUGGAUAAAAACGGACGAGCUGACCUUUUGGGUGAGUUUUUUAGUUUUAAAUAGUAUUUUUACAAUUUAGAGGGAAAUUGAGAGGAAAUCUUGGAAAAAAGUUGAAAAAUCAAUAAGAUUACUGAGUUUUCGGAGAAAAAAUUGGUGAAAAAUCCGAAGAUUAAAGAAUCAAAGACUUGAAAAAUCAAUUUUCUGUUGUCCUACAUUCUUAUUUUGGCUAAAAUUUGCAUAAAACUAAAAAAUGAUGACUCAAGAAAUUUCCGAUUUUUUCGACCAAAAAAUCGGUUAAAAUCUCAAAAAAAAAUUAGUAAUACCCCUGCAGGGCCCUGAAAAAUCAAUUUUCCUCCUUUUCCGACAAUUUUAUAACAAAAAAUUUGCAUAUUUUCCCUAAAAAUCGCAAUUUUUAGCCUUGGAAGCGGAGAAAAAUGGAACUCCCGUCAUCAAAUGUAAAUCCUGGCGUCGCAAAAACGCGCAAGGCAAAUUCGAAGUGAUCCCCGAGCUCUUCGAACAGUACAAGAGCUACAAACCCGACCUGAACGUCCUCCCCUUCUGCACUCAAUUUAUUCCGUCGGAAAUCCAGGACUACCCCAAACAUCGGACCAUCAUCUAUCAUCCGUCCAUUCUGCCGGCGCAUAGGUAAGGUUUUUGAGCGAUUUUUGGGCUGAAAAUGAUAUUAUGUGUAGCUUGAUUUUUGACAACACUGAUAGCUUGCUGAUUAUGGCAUAUCUUUUUUUUUUGAAAAAAAAAAUUGGUAAGGGGGGACCAAGGCAAUUUUUUGGAAUUUUCAGCGUGGUAGGAUAUUUUUUUGGGCUGAAAAUUAUGUGAUCUGUAGCUUGAUGAGCUUUGCUGACAAUAUGAAUCAGAAUUUGCUGAUUAUGGCAUAUCUUUGCAAAAAUUUUUUUGAAAAUUUGGUAAGGGGGGACCAAGGCAAUUUUUUUUGAAUUUUCACCGCGGUUGGACGAAUUUUUUGGGCUGAAAAUGAUGUGAUAUGCGCCUUGAUGAACUUUUUUUUCAACUCUGAUUAACGCUUUCUGAUUAUGGAAUAUCUUUGCAAAAAAAUUUUUUUUUUUUUGAAAAAAAUGAUGAGAGGGGACCAAGGCCAUUUUUUUGGAAUUUUCAGCGCGGUAGGACAGUUUCUUGGGCUGAAAUUGGGAUGAUGGGUAACUUGAUGAACUUUUCUGUCAGCUCUGAUUAACUCUUGCUGAUUAUGGCAUAUCUUUGCAAAAAUUUUUUUUGAAUAAUUGGUAAGGGGGGACCAAGGCAAUUUUUUUGGAAUUUUCAGUGCGAUAAUCCUCAAAUUUUGAUGACAUUUUGGAAAGAUACAAUGUAAAUUUUACUAUGGUAUGUAAGGAAUUUUUUUCUUGCGAUUUGCAGAGCUCAGAAAGAUUUUUUGGUCGAAAAAUUUCAAAAUUAAAAAAUUUUUUAAAUCUUGGAAUUUAAAAAAAAUUGUUUUUUUUCGGAAAUUUAUUGUCUACAUAGAAUUUUUUUAGACCUAAAAAUAUUUAAAAUGUAUUAAAAAUAAUUAAAAAUCAUUUCCAGAGGUGCCUCGGCCAUUUCCUGGACCUUAAUCGAGGGCGACGAAGAGGCCGGACUCUCCAUUUUCUGGGCCGACGAUGGCCUCGACACUGGCCCGAUCCUGCUCCAAAAGAAGUGCAAAGUGGAGGAGAACGACACGCUGAACACGCUCUACAAGCGUUUCCUCUACCCGGAGGGCGUCAAAGCCUGUGUUGAGGCGGUGAAGUUGAUCACCGACGGGACGGCCCCUCGAAUUGUGCAGCCCGAAGAGGGCGCCUCAUAUGAGCCCUACAUCACGGCCAAACCCGAGCUGGCCGAGAUCAAAUGGGACAAGCUGGACACGCAGCGCAAGCUGCACAACUUUAUUCGCGGCUGCGACUCGGUGCCGGGCGCCUGGACCACGCUGAACGGACAGAAGGUCCAGCUGUUCGGGUCGAGUUUGUGGAAAAGAUUUGAGGUUCCCGGCAAUGCCAAGGAAGUCAAGGCUGAAGGAGCGCCUGGAGGAGUGGUUUGGACGCACGAUAAAGGUAAAUCAAGUUGUUGAAAAAUCCAAAAAAAUGAAAAAAAAAAUUUUUUGGCCGAAAAAAAUUGAGGUAUCCCAAAAAAGGUCUUGAUUUUUUUGGAAUUUGGCCGAAAUUUAGCCUUUUCAGUCAAAAUUAGUUUUAUUUUCAAAAAAAAAAAAAAAAAAAAAAAAAAAUCAUUUUUUGCGAUAAAAAUUUCAGUAUCUAUCCUCAAUGAACAUUAAAAUAUACAUGCAAAAAUUCAAUUUUUUCCGAGCAAAAUUCGCAAAGAUAUAAGAAAAAAUUUUUUUUGUAUGACCGACUCUCCUCAUUUUUCGUGCUCUCUAAAAAAAUAUUAUUUCUCGGCUGCCGCUGACAAGAGCGAGCUGAAAUUUUCAGAGAGUGAUAUGAAGGUUAUUUAGUUUUUUACCCUCAAGGGACAUCUUUUUUUCAGAAAAAAAAAAUCAGAAAAAAAAAUUUUUUAAUCUCGGAAAAUAUGAGAAAAUAAGGAAAUUCCGGAUUUUUCCGGGAAAAAAACGACGAAAAAUCGAUGAACUAGACAGUCAGAGGCCUGAAAAAUAUAUUUACUUUGGUGGUCUGUUAUUUUACAUAGCAAACUUUGCAUAAAAUUGAAAAUUAAGGUCAAAAUCAUCAAAAAUUUUCGAAUUUCAAAAAAAAAUUAUUAUAAACCCCAUAAACGGCCAUGAAAUUUCCAGGUCUCCUCUUCAAAACCGCCGACGGUCGUUAUGUGAACGUUGAGAACCUGAAAUACGAGGAUGGCCGGAUGAUCAAGGCCAACAAAUUCGGAGCCACGACGAACGGCGUCGACGAAAAAGUGGAGCUCUCGGAGGAGGAGAAAAAGUUGGUCGAGCCCAUCCGCGCUGCCUGGUCGGACAUCUUGGGCGGCGCCAAGAUCACGGAGACCACCAACUUUUUCGAUGAGGGCGCAACUAGCGCCGACCUGACCCGGCUGGUAGAAGAAGUGAAGGAUAUUAGUGGAAUUGGCCUCGAAAAUGCCGAAGUUUAUAUGUGCCCAACGUUCGAGGAGUUUGUCACAGUCGUGGUGAAGAAAUUGCGGGGCGAUGACAAGCCCAAAAUCGAGUUUAAAAAGGUAAAUUUUUUGGGGUGGAAAAAUGGUAAGGGGGGACCAAGGCAAAUUUUCGGCGGAAAUUUAUUUUUCGGAUUUCGAUUAAAAAUUGUGAAAUUUGAGAGUGUCAAAGACGUACUUAAGAUUUUUAUCUGGCAUUUUGCAGAAACUCCGAGAAUUUUAGACCAAAAAAUAAAAAAAAAGAUUGAGAAAAAAAUGGUAAUGGGGACCAAGGCAAAAUUUUCGGCGGAAAUUUUUUUUCCGGAUUUCGAUAAAACUUUGCCCAAGUUAUGAGUAGAACCUAACGGCACAUUUCUGAACUUUUUAGCUCGCUCUUUGCAGAAUACACCGAGAUUUUUCGGAAAAAAAAUUGCGAAACACUCGAAAAAAUGGUAAGGGGGGACCAAGGCAAACUUUCUAAAAAAAUUUUUUUUGGAUUUCAUUAAAAAUUUGGUGCAAUUUGAGAGUAGCAUUUUCAAAGACGUUGUCAAGAUUUUUACCUGGCAUCUUGCAGAAACACCGAGAAUUUUAGACCAAAAAAUUUGAGAAAAAAUCGAAGAAAAUGGUAAGGGGGGACCAAGGCAAACUUUCCAAAAAAUUUUUUUCGUAUUUGGAUAAAAACUUGGUCAAUUUGAGAGUAGAACAUAAAAACACAUUUUUGAGAUUUUUAGCUCGCGCUUUUCAAAGCGCACCGAGAUUUUCGAAAAAAAAAAUUUUGAUUCUCAAAGUAAAACUUGGCUCAUUUUAGUUGGAACUUCACGUCAACAACAUGGACGUGGUGAUCCCAAUCCAAUCCCUGAUCAAUGGGGAAUUCACCGACUCCUCCACCGGCGAAACCAUGCCCACGAUUGAUCCCAGCACCGAGGAAGUCAUCUGCCACGUGCCCAAAUGCACUCCGGCCGACGUGGAUCGGGCGGUGCGCGCUGCGGACGAGGCCUUCCACUACGGCGAAUGGUCGAAGAUCUCGCCCAGAGAGCGCGGAAGGCUCAUGUACCGGUUGGCCGACCUCAUGGAGCAGCAUCGCGAAGAGCUGGCCACAAUCGAGGCCAUCGACGCCGGAGCCGUGUACACGUUGGCGCUGAAGACGCAUGUUGGCAUGAGCAUCGAGGUGUGGAGGUAUUUCGCGGGAUGGUGCGACAAAAUCCAUGUAAGUUGGGAAUUUUGCAGAAAACAUGGAGAUUUUUAG